CGCUGCCGCCAUGGCGGGCCCGGCGCCGGAACUGGGCCGCGCCGUAACCCCGGCAACGGCGCCGCCCGCCCGCCGCCGCCAUGGCGGAGCCGCAGGCCCGGCCGGUUUCUACAUUGCCAGUGGCUAGAGAGCCUCCAAAACCCCAUCCUAAAAGAGUGCCGGAGUUACCCGUUAUAGAGAGGAGAAACUGGUACAUCUAUCUGCUGUACGUUCGCAGAGACUACGACGAGUGUAAGGCUGUCAUCAAAGAGCAGCUCCAGGAGUCUCAUGGAAGGUGUGAAUAUGCUGUCUACGUUCAAGCUUUGAUAUUUCGCUUGGAGGGGAAAAUUCAAGAAUCUCUUGAACUCUUUCAGACAUGUUCCAUUCUGAACCCUCGAAGUGCUGACAACCUCAAGCAGGUGGCACGAUCGCUGUUUCUUUUGGGGAAACACAAGGCAGCCAUUGAAGUGUACAACGAAGCAGCUAAACUCGAUGAAAAGGACUGGGAGAUCAGCCACAACCUGGGGGUGUGCUACAUGUACCUGAAACAUUUCAACAAGGCACGAGACCAGCUAAACAAUGCCCUGGAGCUCAACAGACAUGAUCAGACUUACAAGAUGCUGGGAAAAAUUCACCUUUUGGAGGGGGAGACUGAUAAAGCCAUUGAAGUCUAUAAGAAAGCUAUAGAGUUCUCUCCAGAAAAUACAGACCUCCUUACAAAACUGGGUUUAAUUUACUUGCAGCUUGGGGAUUACCAGAAGGCUUUUGAACACCUUGGAAAGGCACUUACUUAUGACCAAGGCAACUACAAGGCCACCUUGGCGGCUGGCAGCCUGAUGCAGACCCAUGGAGACUUUGAUGUUGCCCUCUCCAAAUACAGGGUGGUGGCCAGCACCAUGCCUGAAAGUCCCCCGCUGUGGAACAAUAUUGGGAUGUGCUUCUUCGGCAAGAAGAAAUACGUUGCAGCUAUCAGCUGCUUGAAGCGGGCAAACUACCUGGCUCCCUUUGACUGGAAGAUCCUGUACAAUUUGGGCUUAGUGCACCUGACGAUGCAGCAGUACGCAUCAGCUUUCCACUUCCUCAGUGCUGCCAUCAAUUUCCAGCCCAAGAUGGGAGAGCUGUACAUGCUCCUUGCAGUUGCUCUGACAAACCUUGAAGACAUUGAGAAUGCAAAACGUUCCUAUGAGCAAGCUGUGGCAUUGGACAAGUGCAAUCCCCUCGUCAACCUCAACUAUGCUGUCCUGCUGUAUAACCAGGGGGACAAGAAGGGAGCCCUCUGCCAGUACCAGGAGAUGGAGAAGAAGGUCAAUGCGAUGAAGGAGAGCAGCACUCUUGACUUUGACCCUGAGAUGGUGGAGGUUGCCCAGAAGAUGGGAGCUGCCCUGCAGGUCGGGGAGAGCCUGCUCUGGACUAAGCCUGCUAAAGAGUCUAAAUCCAAGCAGCGAGCUGCUCCAUCAGGGAAAUCCUCCAGCACUCAGCAGCCCUUGGGCUCUAACCAGGCCCUGGGUCAAGCCAUGUCCUCGGCUGCUGGGUAUGGGAAAAGCAUGCAGCUUCCACCAGGUGCUGGAGCAUCAGCUCCUCUUGCAAAGCCUCCCUCGCUGCCCCUGGAACCAGAACCGGGCUCAGAACCGGGCCCUGAGGAGACCACAGCACCAACAGAGGUCGAGGAACAACGGAAAGAGAAGCGCAGGAGCCGGCAGGCAGAGGACUAGAACAGACUCUGGUCAGCACGGGCAGGUGUGGGGACAUCUGCAGUGCUGCCUGCUGACCUGUGGGGAAGAGGACCUGCCCUCUCCCCUGACCCACGGUGGCUUCACCCCACUGUCAGUUAGGCUAAAUGCAGCUGGUUUUGGUUAAUGAUUUUAGCAUGUGCUCUCUGCCUUGUCCCAAGGAGUAGUUGCAGCGGUCAGAAGCGGUUCCCAUGUAGCUACUGUUAGCGUGGUCACACCUUACUGCAAGAGGCUGGAGGAUGGAGACCUGAUGGGGUUGGAUGUCUUCAGUGUUCAUCUCUAAGUCCUCCAGAAGGGUGCUGAGGCAUCCAGUAAGUUUAGAAAAGCCAGCAGUAGUGACUUAGCAUCCUGGAAAACAAGAACCCAAAGAGGAUCAACCCCUUCUGGUGGCUGAACUUGUAAGCUGAAGAAGCCCUGCAUGAGCCAUAGUAAGGUCAGUGGUAGUGCACUUGGAGAAGGGGUGAAGGCGAAACACCUCACCAGGGUGAUCACAGAGCUGUGAGCCUGGCUUGGGCCUGGCACAGCCUGGAUCCUGGCAGGGACGUGCUCGUCACUCCUGGUUUCACAAAGGCAAGACUUCCUAAAUGCUUUCUCAAGGCUGGGCCAAGGAGGUUGCUCAGGCAGGGAGCUGAGCUGGGAGCUCUCAUUCCUUGGCAGGGCCAUGUGGUGGCCAUGGAGUACACGAGCGCACCCUUUCUGUAGUGGUGACAGCUGCGUGGCAAAGCCGAGCUGGUUGGUCUUGAGGCAGUCGCUCUGUUAAUGUGGCAGCACGAGUGUAAGCCAGCUGAGCCACCUCCUUUAGGACCAUGGUCCCAUUCCGAUGCCAAGAUCACUCUGUGUAUUUCUUGAAUCCAACAGGAGAAAAUCUAUUUGAAAGCAUGUGUGGUAGCUAACAACAGCCAAAGAAAACUGUAGAGCUGGGUGAGAGCAAGGCAGGUGCUCAGGGGCCAGCUAUUCUGGAAGCAGGCUAGCUGCAGCAGCACAAAAGUCUGCCAGAACCAAAUUCCUAAUUGUUUGCCGAGAAACAGGGUGAAUGAGCCUCAGUGAAGCUCUGUGUUCAUGUGAUUGGAGUUCUUCCUUUAGAAUUAGCGUUGCCCAGCAUGGGGGAAAGAUUGGUUCACAGGAAAAAAAAGAUCCUUUCUGAAAAGGCUUGCCAUGGUCAGCCUCAACACUAAAUUUAAAUUGUUUUAGUAUGACAGCAGCUGUGCUCUGAAUAACUCAGUUAUGCCCUCCUUACAGGAGCAUUCAGGAGAAAUCAUUUCUGCUAGGUUCCAGAAGGCAAAGCAGCCUCUUGGUGAGCGGAGCAAGGAAUUUUAAUGCCCAUGUGAUACUUGAGAUGCUUUGAAAGUGUUUUUAUCCUUGAACAGAAAAACCUUAGCCUUCCUUUCUCUGCUCCUGUCAGCUUUUUUGCCCCUGGGAUUUAUCCAGAGCUUGAUACAGGUCCUCAAAGCAACUGGUUUGGGGAGUUAAGGCAGGACCAUCAUGCUUUACAGAAAGAACCAGUAACUGGGUUAAGUACAUCUGCUUUUUCGUCUUCUUCCCCAUUAGUGUGCAGAGAAGUGCACAGAGCUGAUGUUGCUGUGGGACUUCUGAUCUGAGUUCUCUAAGCAGGAUGUCUAGCACUUGUCCAAAGCAGCUGAAGCUUCAGGCUCAGCCUAUUUGCUGUUUGGGCUGCUGAGCUGCUUAAAAUAUAUUCCUGCUUUUUGUUCUGCACCACUGCAUUCUAUCGCUCCGUAAUCAACAAGUCCGAUAGGGCAAGGUUAGUAAUGGAAACUUCUCUGCAGCAACUUGUAGCAGCAGCCUGAGGAAGGCCCUGGAUGCAUUAACAUCCUUCAGCAGUGCUUUCUGGUUAGCUGCUAUUAUCCAGAGUGACGUUAAUGCAUCUUUAGAGUGCAGCUGGGAACUGAAGUGCUAUCCUGCUCCCCAGGGGCCACUAAAAGAGUAGGAACCCUUCACUUUCUCUCUUUUGAUUGCCAAAAUCGCUGGCUUAUCUCAAACGUGGCUUUUUCCACCUCUCCUCUACGGGCUGGUUUUGAAUUGGUGCAGCCCUGGGGUAGCACCGUGGUGAGGUUUUCAUCAUGCUGAAGAAAUCACAGGUUCUUCUGUGGAGCGCUGGCAAAUUUAAACAAACCAGACAAGAAGCAGCAUAAACCAGGUACAGUGCAGUGAUUUUAUUCACAUUAAACUUUUUACACUGAAAGUUACUGCAGCCUAACUGUAGCUGUGAAGAAGUUAAGAUCACAGAGCAAGGGUAGGCAGGGUGUGGAAACUUUAUCUCACCCCAGAACUCUAGUUCAAGACAUUUUUUCCUGUGGCAGUUGCUCAUUGUAAUCAUUUGGUCUUACCAUGAGGGCUCGCAAGCUGUGGAAGUUUCAGUGACCUGAACACAGCACUUACAGGCACGCGCUCACCAGCACUGCUGAUAGCAGAAGGUUUUCCCUCCAGCUGCUCGAUUCCCUUGUUUUCAUGUCACCAGUUGCUUUCCCCUGCCUUCUGCCAGUUGUACACGGGGUAAGUUAACUUCAGGACUGCAGCAUCACGAAACCAACCAGCUACGUGCAACAGCCCUUGGCCCACAGGUGCUGUGGGAACCAGAAGGGCCGAGCAAGAAUUGGAGCAGGUUCUUUUCUCACCCGGUCCCACUGGUGCAACCUGUUAGCUUCUGGGCUGCUUUUUAGGGUAAUUGUUACGUGUCACUACCGAGGGGGUGCUGCAUGGGGAGGUGCUGUCAAGGUAUUUAAAAUACACCGUCUGGUAAAAAGCUUACGCAGAUGAUUAACUCUCCUUCUGUGAAAAGAAAAGGUAGCACCUUGUUCUUUCCAGAUUUCAGCAAAGCAGAAGGGAGCUUCACAUCUAAGGAAGUGUUUUUAAAUCUGCAAUUACAGUUGGAUAAUAAAUAAAACUGCAGUUCCUUGUCCCGUC